CCGACGUUUGCCAACUAAAAAAAUCCCAAAAUUAAUGACAUUGUGGAGUAGAUGCGUAUGAAAAAGGGGCACUGGAUCGAUGAAAGGGGAUCACUCCAAGGACGUCGGAACGAAGCGACACCAUUGAAGCUCCAAUUCACAAAUCUUUUUUCUGCCACACACACUCAAAAAUCGGCGGGUGCCCGACCUUGGAAGGGUAAUAUUGAUAUUGAAAUUGAAUAUUUCGCUACUCUCUUCAUCAUUCCAUAUAACCCUAACUCGGAGUAGCAGUCCAUGAUUUCCUCAGUUUGAAGUUCGAAAACAAGCGAAAACUUCCCAGAGUAGCAGCCGCACAUCGAAAUCAUAGAGCAACGGAUCAGAGGUGGAGGUAAAAAUAGCUGGAUAUAUACAUAUUUACAAAGGUAUGCGCCUUACCCCCUCAAAGCAGUUGUCUGUAGCGUGUCUGGAUCUGUACCCCAACUGUGGGCCUUCUACCCUUUCGUAGUUUUUUAUGUGCUUGAAAUGGGGGUUUAGGGGUUCAAGUGCCGAAGCUGGGUUAUAUAACUUUUUUUCGGAUCUAGGGUUUGAGGGGUUGCGAUGUGAUGAUACGGAAAAGGUUUCAGGGAAUGGCGGAAAAUAUAGGAGAGAAGGAAGAGGACUCUAGGGUUUCACAAGUGUCGAAUAUGGCGGGGAGUAGUAAUGGCGCGGAGUCAGGGUUUGAGGAAACGCAGGGUCGGGAUGAGAAGUCGUAUGUGAGGACAAGGAGAAGGCCGCACAGAAAGCUCAGGCUCCUCGAGGAUGAUGAGGAUGAUGACGUGGGUGUUUUUGGCGAGGGGUUUUGUUUUCAGGAAGGGAGGUCUGAAAUGGAGGAGGGCAAGGGGAACCUCGUGAGUCCCACUAAAGGGGCUGAUGAUGGCCGGGAAAUUGAUGCCGUUCCUGUGGCGAAGGUUGAACACCAUGAUGCCUCGGUUGGGGUUGACGUGGGUGGCCGGUGUGCGGAGUUUGGAAUUUCAGACGAGAAAAAUGAGGCUGAUAUGGGUAGUUGGGAUGCAGAUUUUCGGGUUUCAAGCAAGGCUGAUGCGGAGGACGGGUGCUCAGGGUUCGGGGUUUUGAGCAACAAUUUAGAGGAUGACGUGGCUCCAGAAUUGGGGGUUUUAAGGUGUAGUAAUGAUGAUAGGAGUACGGAGUGUGAAAUGUCAAGUGAGAAUGCCAAUAAGGCUGACGUGGAUGACAAUGAGGAUAAUGCAAUUGCAGAGCGCAGGACUUCAGGGAAGGAGAAUAAAUGCGAUGUAAAUGCAUUGCUUUUAGUAGAGAAAAAUGAGGCUGAUCUGGAUGAUGCGCUUUUGUUAGAGAAAAAUGAAGAUUUGGGCGAGAGGAUGGCAUUUCAGAUAAAUGAGAAAGUGGACGAGAAGUUUCCAAGGAGAAAAACUACAAGUCCAGUUAUGGAGGGAGACAAUGGGAUUGUAGAAUUUAGGCUUUCAAGGGAGAAAAGUGAAGCUGAUGUAGAGGAGAGAUCUGAUAAAAUUUUGGAUUUACAACUUCCAAAAAAGAUAAAUGUAGUCGAUGCUGAUGGCAUUUAUGAUGGGAGUGCAGAAUUAGAGAUUCUAAGAAACAAAAAAAAGGUUGCCGUUGACGAUGGAACUGAUGGUUGUAGGAUUUUAAGGAAAAGGAAAAGGGUAGGCCGUGAUGAUGUAACUGGCAGGGAACAUGGAAAUGCAAAACUUUUGCUGGAAAGGAAGAGGAGGAGAAGGGUGGCUGAUAAUGAUCAGAACAAGGGGAAGGAAGACAAUGUUUUGCAGAAGAAGCUUGUAGAGGAUGGUAAGAUUGACAGGAAAUCAUCAAUAGUUGAAGUAAAGAAAUCAUUGAACCGAAAGUUAGGAGGAGCUUCAAUUAUUGAGGCUUCUGAGGUUGAUCACCACGUGCAGAAGUCAUCUGGUAACUUAGAAGAGGCUGCCAGUGGGAAAAAAUCCGAGAAAAAACUAAGGGAGAGCAGAAUAGAAAGGCUGUCAAUGGGAGCAAAAAAGUUUGACCAUGGAAUAUCAAAUGGUGCUGGUAUGGAAUCUCUAAUUGAGGGGAUUCUAUUAAAGCCUAAUUCAGGGGGGACUCCAGGGGAUGGUCGAAUUCAGAGAAAUAAGUCAGGGAUUGGAGUUGUAUCCACUGUGAUGGAUGACCAUGAAACUAAGAGUACAAAACAUUUAAAACAGAGCAGAGUUGGGGCUGGGAAUGCACAACUGGGAAGCAGAUCAAUGGAUCGGGAUAGUUUAAGAAGGAAAAAAUCAGAUUUAAAAGGUAAAAGCAUUGCUGCUUCUGUAAGCCCAACACGUGACAGUUUGUCUGUUUUGAAUUUGCAAAAGCAAAAGAAAAUGUUGAAAAGCCCACCAACUUUGCAAAGGGAAUCAAAAAUUGCAAAGGAAAGAAAAACUUCAGUGCCACAUUUGACAGAGGAAAUAAAGAGACCGAAGUCAUCUUUGGCAUCAGAAGAAAAAACACCAGCAGCCUUGUUUUCAAAGGAAACAAAAGCUAUGCAAAGGAUAGCAAGGUCUGAGGAUCGCAGGAGAUUGCGUGAACGGUUAAGAGAUGCUCUUUUGGCUGCAGGGUGGAAAAUUGACUUGAGACCUAGAAAGGGAAAAAACUACGAUGACAAUGUUUACAUUUCACCUUUAGGAACAUCUUUCUGGUCACUUCCUAAAGCAUGGAAUGCUUUGAAAGGUAGUCUGGGGAAGAACAAUGAAAUAUCGGAAGAAAUUUCUGGUUCAUUGGAAGAAAGCAAAGAGGCAGAAACAUCAAAACAUGUAGACAGAGUUAAUGGAGGUGACGAUGGUGCUUCAAACAUGCUUAUGAUUCAGGUAAUUGAUGAAGACCUUAGUUUAUUACAGCGGAAGAGGAGGAGAAUAAUGGAAGAUGGUGAGAGGAAAAUUGGUAAGGGAAAGAAAAAAAAGAAGUCUUCUCAUGAAGUAGACAGUGAUGGAAUAAUGACAUCUGAUGUCAAACUCAAAAAGAGAGAUGAAAGGGCAAACAAAAUCAGGAAAGAUGGUAAGAGAGUAAAAAUGCAGAAGUCUUUAUGCAAAGCAGACAGUGAAGAUACCGAUUUAACUGAUGUUAAAUUGAAAGUAAUAAAGAAAAAGUUCAGAGUUGGUGGAUUGGAUGCCACAACUCCAAAUUCAAAGUUUUCAGAUAAAAUGAACAUAAAUGACAAGAUGACUCAUCAAUCUCAAGUUAAAGGAUCUGGUUCAGCACAAAAUAUCUAUUUGACUCCUCUUUCUGGUCAAAAACACAUAAAGAGAAGGCUGCAUGGGGACUCUGAAAGGAAGCAGUCAACAUCAAAGGCAUUGUCUAAUCAUAAUCUGGUAAAAAGUGGUUCAUCACAAGUGAAAAAGAACAAAAGUCGGAGGGGAGGUUGUGGUUUGUUGGUUCGCAGCUCUAAAAAAGGGGACAAACGUGAGCAAGGGGUAUCAACUGUUAUUAAACGGACUGUUAUUUCCUGGUUGGUUGAUGUUGGCAUUGUGCCUGAGAAUGAAUGUGUGCAGUAUUGGAAUAAGAAAGGUACAAGAAUAAUGCUGGAGGGCUGGGUUCGAAAGGAUGGUAUUCUUUGUGAAUGUUGCAGCAAGGUGAUUUCAGUAUCAAAGUUUGAAGAUCAUGCAGGUGCCACACGUCAUCGACCUUUUGAAAAUAUCUACCUUUGGUCAGGCAAAUCACUGACUCAAUGCUUAAGGGAGGCAUGGGAUACACAAGAUGAGUCUCGGAAAUGUGGCAAAUCCAUUAUAGAAGUUGAUGAAGAUGAUCAAAAUGACGACACAUGUGGUCUUUGUGGUGAUGGAGGAGACUUGAUCUGUUGUGAUAAGUGCCCUUCAACCUUUCAUCAAGAUUGUCUGGAACUGAAGAGUAUUCCGGAGGGUGAUUGGUACUGUCUUAACUGUACAUGUGGGGUUUGUGGAAAAGUUGGACAUUUAGGUGAAAAUGCAACCAGCACGAUGGCAGAUGUUCUCUUCUGUGAACAAUGCGAACAUGAAUAUCACAAGAAGUGUCUACAAGAGAGAGGAAGUCAAAUGUCCUGCCCUGAUUUAGAGAAUUCCUCUUUUUGUGGGAAGGCUUGUCAGAAGGUUUAUGAUGGGCUCGAACAUCUUCUUGGAACUUCAAAUUCUCUUGCGGAUGGCUUUUCUUGGACUCUCUUAAGGCGUUUUGAUGAUGACCAGCACAGUUCUUCCUCUCAAGGGCCUAGUCAAGAUAGAAUCGCGGAAUGCAAUGCAAAGCUUUCUGUUGCUCACAUAGUGAUGGAUGAAUGCUUUAUGCCUAUAGUAGACAAAAGAACCAACAUAGACAUGGUUUCAAAUGUCGUUUUUAGCUGUUGGUCAAAUUUCAGUCGCUUGAAUUAUCAAGGGUUUUACACUGCAGUGCUGGAGAAGGAUGAUGAAAUAAUUUCUGUUGCAUCAAUCAGGAUCCAUGGAGCACGUUUAGCAGAGAUGCCUCUUAUUGGAACUCGGCAUCAUUACCGGCGCCAGGGAAUGUGCCGACGUCUAGUGAAUGCAAUUGAAAAGAUGUUACUGUCUCUUCAAGUGGAAAAGCUUAUCUUACCAGCAGUACCUGAUCUUCUGCAGACAUGGACUGUAGCCUUUGGUUUUAACCCAUUGGAGGUUUCACAUAAGAAUGAAAUCAGACAUCUGAAUUUGAUGGUUUUUCCAGGCACUGAUCUGUUGCAGAAGCAGAUAUGUAGUCAAGAAACACCAACAGAUGACCCUGCAGGGAUGUGCCCCCAUGAGUCCAGGUGGCCUAUCUGAUGCAUAUACUCUGAGGACUUGGAAGUUAUGCCAUCUUAUUCCAGAUUUGGGAGGCCUGCCCCAUUUGGGCAAUAAAAAUAGAAAAAGGUUAACUACACUUUUGAGGAGGCUAUAGUAGCACCUGCAGGACUAUCCUCUUUAUUGCCUGUGUUAUCUUGUUCGGUGCAUAAUGUAUACAUUGGACCAGCAUUCCAGGAAUUGAACUGACACUGGCUUGAAGUGUUUUAUGCUGGCACCAGUUGUAUUACUAGAGACAGAAGUAACUGGGAACUAAUGGAUUGCAAGGACAGGAUACAAAGCUAACCUGGUUGUUUUGCAUAAUUCACAGGCAGAGUUUCUCUUCAUGGCAGCAUUGGAGCAUUUGCACUGUAACAGACUUUUUUUUAAUUGAGAAUCAUUUUGAUGCACCAUUGAGUAAAUACGGAUGGUAAUUGGGAAUUGAAAAUUAGCAAAAUCAGGUCAUCGGAUGACCUGUUCAUUUGCCAGAUUUCACAGGUGUAAGAGGUCCUCUUCAUGGCAGUGCAGCAUUUGUUGCAGUGGUUGUUCUUGGAGGUUAAACUGAAAGUGGACUUUGCAGCUCAUGUAUUUCAAAAGGUCAAAACAUGACGGUCGAUACACAUCUAAUAUUCAUUCUCAGGUAAUGCACAUGCAUUAUAUACCAAUAUAAUGAAACAGUUGUAGUAAUGGCAUUGCAAGCUAUUUGGUACAGGCUCUCAUUUCUGUUAAGGGAUUAGGCUUUAGCUCAUUUUAUCUCUUGAUGUAGGGUUUAUUUCAAUCUGAAAGUUGUAAAAUGUAUGCUACAUGCAUAACUUUAAUUUGUACAAAUAAAUUGGAAGAAUUCUUUUGCGGACAAGUAUUUUGUACAAUAGAUUGUUCUAUAGGCUACUCGGGUGGAUGUGUCAGGUGCUUGUGGGUCAAAAAUGUGACUGAAUGGCUAUUGGAUUCACAGAGAUGGAUCAUUUGAGAGAUGAUGGCCUCCAUUGUCAUACAUAUCACUGGUGUAGCUAAAAGAUAUUGCUUGGAGUGUACGAGAGAUCCUAUCUUAUUACAUGAAUAUUUGUGAAUGAGGUCAUCUUCUCAGUCCUACCCACCUUAUUGGUUUGUGCAGUUGACUGGUCGGUAACUGGUUAGUAAUAUUGAUACAACAAAAUCAAGUGGCUUCAGUACGAGGCUGACUAUAUUGCCAGAAAAGCAUUCAGUUAUGGACAGUCUGCAUUCAAUUAUGGACAGCCAUCUUUUUUUCAAGUCUAAAUUUUCACUUUUGGCUCCGUUUGUACGAAAAGUAAAUUGUUUUCCAUUUUCUUGAACUUAUUUCAUGUACACAAUUUAUCUGUUUUAUAUUUUACAGUGUAUAUACGGGACACCAUUUUCCAA